CGAAAAUGCAGAGAAUGCCUGGGACUUGCUGAGCAAAUUCAAACCAUGUUCCAUGAAGCUGACUUUACUCUUCGAACAAGGGAUGGCUAUGAGAUUCAUUGUCGACGCCUUCAACAAUCUGAACACUUCAGCGUAACAUUUGGUUUAAAUAGGAGGUCUGAGCUGAACAACUCCAGAUUUUACCAUGUUGUCGGUGGAUUAUCAGCUGAUGCAAUGCACGAUGUUUUGGAGGGUACCCUGCAGUAUCAUACCAAAGAGAUUCUGAAAUACUUUAUUCUAGAAAAGAAAGCAUUCUCUUUGGAUGAACUGAAUAAGAGAAUCACCUCCUUUAUUAUGGGUAUCUACCACAACGAUUCUAACAAACCUGCGCCAAUUUUGCGGACAAAACUCACAUCUGAUGAUAACAGUCUCAAACAACAUGCAAAUGAGAUGUGGUGUUUAGGUCUAUUUUUGCCGCUCCUGGUUGGCGAGUUUAUCGACGAAGAUGACGACCAUUGGACUGCAUACUGCACACUACUAGAAAUAGUACGUAUUGUCUUCUCUCCGCUGGUAAGCAAGGAGCAGAUACCGUAUCUUCAAGUGCUCAUCCAGAAUCACCACGAGAGCUUUAAAGCCUUGUAUCCUCAUGCCUCGAUCAUUCCAAAAAUGCAUUACAUGAUUCACAUGCCAAGGACAAUGCUACGGUGA